GAAAGGACAUACAAUAACUAAGAGAACCGAACAUCAGUUUUGGGCUAAAUUUGCAGAGAAGAUGGAAGGCGAAGGGGAAGAGCAGACAUCAAUAUGGAACAAAGAAACUGUACCAAAAGUGAUGAAAAUAGUGAGCACAAGGCUUGCUCAAAGAGACCUCAUCUCUCUCCUCCUUCUCAGCCCUUGGAUUCACCGCACUCUCAUUUCCUACCCUUCUCUUUGGCUUUCUAUUGAUCUACGUGAGAUGAAUAAUGCUGGAGAUCGACUCAUAGCUGCGCUUUCACUGCCAAGAUACCAGCAUGUGAAACAAAUAAGCCUUGAAUUUGCACAAGAUAUAGAUGAUGAUCAUCUAGAAGUCAUUAAGAGCAAGUGUUUGGGAUCUCUUCAAGACCUUGAGUCUUUAAAUCUGAAUGGCUGCCAAAAGAUAUCUGACAAAGGAAUUGAAGCUAUAACCAGUUGUUGUCUUAAAUUGAAGGUUUUUUCUAUUUAUUGGAAUGUAAGGGCCGCUGAUGAAGGUGUGAAGCAUCUGGUGAAGAACUGCAAAUAUAUAGUUGAUUUGAACUUUAGUGGCUGUAAGCAUUUAUCAGACAAAAGUUUGCAAUUAGUAGCUGACAAUUACCCCGAGCUGGAGUCUUUGAAUCUGACGAGGUGUGUCAAGAUGACAGAUAGUGGCUUGCAACAAGUAUUUGUCAAGUGCUCCUUUCUCCAAAGUUUAAAUCUUUACGCACUCUCCAGCUUCACAGAUGAAGCUUACAAGAAGAUAUCUGUUCUAUCUCAUCUAAAAUUCCUAGAUUUAUGUGGUGCCCAGAAUCUCUCGGAUGACGGACUUUCCUGUAUAGCUAAAUGCAAGAAACUUGUGUCUCUCAAUUUAACAUGGUGUGUACGAGUCACUGAUGUAGGGGUCAUAGAUAUUGCUGAAAGUUGCACAUCCCUUGAAUUUCUCAGUUUGUUUGGGAUAGUUGGGGUAACUGACAAGUGCCUUGAGGCCCUUUCCAAGUCGUGCGCAAAUACGAUGACGACUCUUGAUGUUAAUGGAUGUAUUGGUAUUAAGAGACGGAGCCGCGAUGAUUUACUUAAGUUGUUCCCAUAUCUGAGAUGCUUCAAAGUGCAUAGCUGAUCUGAUGGUAUGCUAAGUUUGCAAGAGUAACAUCAAAAUGAUGAUGCAUUCUUCAAAGGGGGGGAGGGGGGGAUUAUGUAGCAUAGGCCUCUGGUAUUAAAUAGAGAAUUAAUCGCAUUGCCUUGUUGUAGACAUGUAAAUUAAUUAUAAUGAUGACAGUAGAACUGCUUUUACUGGAGUGAGGCCUCAAUUGAAUUUAGGAAUAGGAAAGGAAAAAUGACAAAUUUUCUGAACCUUUACCCAAGUCUGUUGCUGCAUUUUAAUUUCUACAUGAAUUGUAUCUGACUGCCUGUGAUUCACAUUUGACAGUACUCAUCAAUGGAAAUACUUUUGUUUACAGUUUUAA